UUCGGCCGGCCCAUCAUAGACCUUCCACUCUACAAUGUGGUCUCUAAAUUUUUAGUUUUCAACGCUGGUAUUCAUAUUGGGUCCUGCACGUGCGUGAUUUUCUAAAAUCAGAAAGUUGAUAGCCCUAUUCGUGACAAGAAGGCCCAGUGUCCAGUUGUCAAAACAUUUACUAACUAUCGCUCGAGAUUGGUCUGCCUGUGGCUCGUACAGGUAUAGAGAGUACCGUGCCAGGAGAAAGGGCUGCUGAGUGUCGCCAUGUUCCAGAGUCAUCCUCAAUGGAGCCCACCCAGGAGGUUCUGGAGACCACAGCCGUGGACCUGGGCGCCCUUCUGGACGCAGGGGACGGCGCAGUCGUCACACUGGUGGCGGGCGGCACACGUCUCGUGGCGCACAGGGCCGUGUUGGCCGAUAGAAGCCCCGUGUUUGGCGCCAUGUUUCGCCACGACACACUGGAAGCCUUCAAUGGUGAGGUCGCAAUCGCGGACAUGGAGGGCCCGGUGCUGCGCCAGCUGGUCGCCUACCUCUACACCCUCCAGGCCCCUCAGCUGCCCAGCCUGGCCCCCGACCUGCUGGCAGCAGCUGAUAAAUACGGCGUGUCGGCCCUGAAGGCUCGGUGCGAGCAGCACGUGGCCGCUCAGCUGUCCGUCGAGACUGCGGCGGCCGCAGCUGUUCUGGCGAUCAGUCACUCCUGCACCAGCCUCAGGCAGGCCGCCGUUAAUUUCAUUAAGGCCAAUGUCGCCCAGGUUAUGACCACACGAGGCUGGGCUGACGCAGUGCGCACUCAGCCAGAAGAAGUGGUCACACUGAGUCAGCUGCUCGGGAGUCCUCCAGCAGAAAGCAGCGCGCCGGCCUCUGCAGACGGCAGUGGGCCGCAGGGAGACCGCGGCCGCACCUCUGCCACUGCUGCGCCGCCCACGGCUGCCCGCACCACUCCUCCGCCAGAUGACUCUGCUGUCUCUCGCCUUCGGAGCCUUCCUGAAAAGGAGAAGAAUAGCAGGCUGAUUCAAGCAGCGAAAGGGGGUGCAGUUACUGAGCUGCAGACGCUGCUGGGAGCUGGUGCGGACGUGGGAGCGAGGGAUGACGGCGAGAGCAGGUGGACCACCCUGCACUGGGCUGCAGACAAGGGACACGAGAAGGCAGCGAGGUGCCUUGUGGAGGGUGGAGCAGACGUGGACGCCAGGACCAGCGGCUGGCAGGAAACGCCCCUGCACAGGGCUGCAUACAGUGGCCACGAGGCUGUGGCGCGGUUUCUGCUGGAGGCAGGGGCGGAGGUUGAUGCCAGGAACAAAACGCAGAGCACGCCCUUGCUCUUGGCUGCAGAGAAAGGGCACGCGGCGGUGGUGCAGCUGCUACUGGCCUCCACGCCUUACCACAGCGCCAGGAAUCAAUGGGGGCGAACACCGCUACACGAGGUGGCUCUGAACGGCCACGCAGAGGUGGCCUCUGCACUGCUCGAGGCAGGGGCCGACCGCUGGGCGAGGAAUAACGAGGGCAAUACCCCACUGGACCUCGCCAGGCAGAAAAACCACCAGCAGCUGAUAGACAUGCUAAAGUGAAGCUAGCAGUCCGACAGACAUUCUUGGAGUAAAACGAAAAAAGGCCCACUCCAGGACUUUCCUUAAUUAUUAAAAUAAAGACUAUGAUAAAUUUAAA